CGGCCGUUGUUAUUGUUCGUACCGAAUUAACUAUUUGUAAAUUAUAUACUAAUCUUUUAAGGGAUUUUUCUAAUGAACUGGUGUACUGAAAUGAUGCUUUAACUUAUUUUAAUUCGGUACGAUAAGUUUUAAGUACGAUUUUAAGUGUUUUGUGUGUUUUUUUCGCAUUUUAUGUGUGUCAUUGCAAAUGGGGUAAGCUGGAAUUAUCGGAUGUCGCUUAGGUUGUUUUGAAUAGUUACAACAAGAAAAUGGAGUGACCUUAUGUGUUGAAUCAGACAGUGCACAAAUAUUUUCACCAAUCGCCCUACGUUUAAAGCCUUCGGAAACACGAGGGAGAUCAUAAUUUACAAAUGUUCCAUGCUGUGACUGCACUCCCCGUACAUUUCAAAAUGGCUGCUCUUGACGAUAUAUGAGCUUUGCGUCACUGGAACAUAAAUCAGUGGAUUCGAUUCAUGAAGAAAUCGUUGUGUUUAAGUCGCAAGUCGCUAGUGAAAAAUAGGAAUUGGAAGGAGAACACGAUCCCGGGUGAAGUCGGACCGGGACAAUAGUGGUGUGUCAUAUGUUUUCAGAGUGGACAGUGGUCAUAGGACCGAGAUUGCUUUGCGUCCGUGCCGGACUGUGAUGUUGCGUUUGAUAUCCAAGGAUGGUUCUAAUCAAGAGGGAUUAAUGAUACUAGUGUGUAAUUGAUCGGAAUGUGACAUCGUAUGAGAGUAUGGCAGCGGACAGCGACGGGCCAGGAUCGGCGGGCGGCGGCUGGUGCGGCGUGGUGGUGACUUGCGAGGGCGACCUGCGCGACCCUCGCUUCCCGACGCGCCUACGCCGUCUCCUGCGCGACCUGCGCACGCUGCUCGCCGACCCGCACCCACAGCACCUCAAAGUUAACAAGGUGGAGCCAUGGAACUCGGUUCGCGUCACACUGUCGGUGCCACGAGCGGCCGCGGCUCGGCUCCGGGCGCUGGCGAUGGGAGGAGCCCCCCAGCUGAGGGCGCUCGGAAUCCUCUCCGUGCAACUUGACGGCGACGCUGCCGUCUCGUUGCGGCUACAGCACGGGGCUGAGCUGACCAUAAGCGCCGAUGGUGAUGACGCGAGCUCAUCAAGAUCGCAAUCGAACGUGGAGUUGUUAGCUGGCUUAGAGGGGAUAGGCCGGCUGAUGGAGGGGGCCGACGGAGCGUCCACCUCGGCUGACGCCACUCCUUCAUCUUCCACUCAGAACAGGGACAACUUCAAAUCCCCCAACACUGUCUGUCCAAUGGAUGGGAAGAUACCGCAGAACAUUCCCACGCCGACCACAGACAGAUGUGAAUUCCCCUUCGGCAGUAUGACUCAAGCGAGAGUGAUACACCGGAAAGAGAAUACUUUAGGUUUAGGUGGUUCAUCAAGUAGCAUAAGGCCGUCUUCUGAUGCCAUGUUCGCGAGGCCGUCGACAUCAUCGUUCACAGGGCCGCCCCCGCCCUACCCCGCGCCGCCCCCUCCGGCGCCUCCCUCCACGCCUACGCCCCCCACUGUCGCGAUGUCUUCGCCUCUUCUCGUAAACUUAUUGCAGAACGACGCGCCCACCCCUCAACCUAGACCCAAACCUCCGCAGCACCCCGCUAAACUAGAUCGGCUUGAAGACGGACAGGUGGAAUUAGCUGUCGGUCGUGCGCCUUUUGAGUACCGCGGGCCCCGCACCCCGGCACCGCUCCGCAUGCCGCCCUCCCCGGCGCCUUCUUCGCCGUCCCCGGCCCCGUCCCCGACACCACGUCCGGCCCCUAGGCCCGCACCUUACAUCCGGCGAGCCUUUGCCCCGGCAAGGCCCAGUCUUCCGCCGCCACCUCCCACUGUGACGUAUCGUACAGUGCCAGCGCCGAAUGCAACGGUCGUGUCCCGGACUCGAUUUCAGCCGGGCACGUACUCGACCGAGUCGUUUGGUCCUCCGCCCCCGUAUGGCGGCCGGCAAGCGACGCCACGGCCCCCGCCGCCUCGUGCCGCCCCGCCCCCGACACCGCCGCCACAGUCCUCGAGGGUCACUCCCGAAGACCUGCAAGCUCUACUGCCUCCGCCCACCACAUCUAUGGAUCAAAAGACUCAGUCCAGUUUUCAGGAAUUCCAGAGGUAUCAACAGCAGUACAUCGCGCUGCAGAGAGCAAAUUCUCGUAGCGCGGCCGGCUCCACGACGAGCGGGUCGGAGUGGGGUGAACCGUACCGAGACUCGCUCUCAGGGCUGCAGCUACCAGAGCUACCCGACACGGAUUUGGAUCAGUUGCUGCCGACGUUGGGUGCCGAUCUGAACUUGGAUGAUCCCGCAUUAUCGGCGAUCUCGGACUUGGACGCGGCCGGCAAGCUCGACCUACUGUACGACGGCGGUGCUGCUCCUACGCCCGACUCGCUGCUUCACGAGAUCACUGGGCAGUUUCCACCCCAGGUCAACGGACCCUACUCAGAACCCCCUACGUCCUCCGCAAGUGAAGUGCCUUCUAAAUCAGAAUCUUUCGACAGUGAAACGACUUUUAUGCCACCCCCUCCUGUGCCGCAAACGUCUAAAUAUCAAACAAAUCAUCACCCCCCUUUCAAAUCACCGCCGACCUCGUACGCGUCGCCCGUGUCGUGUAACUCUGAACUGGUGCGGACGGUGUCGAGUCAAGCGAAUUCGAAUCACGGGCAGAUGAGUCAAAAUCAGCAUCCAACGAAUCAAAUGUCGCCUGGUCACACGUCGAUGCCGCCGCCGAUGCGGUUGCCGAUGAGGACGACGUCUGUGAGCACCGCCACGGUCGGCUCGCAGGCCACCGCGCAGGAGAUCGAAGAACAAAACAAGCAGUACCUGAUCAAGACGCUCAUGCGAGACGACGACUCGCCUCCUCCAGCGCCGCCACCUCCACCUCCGUCUGAGCCCGAGAAAAAAGUCGACGAGAUCACUGUCGUGCAAUGUAAAAUCAAAGAAAACUCUACAGAUACGAUCCCGGAAAUAUUUGGUAUCGCGAAGUCGAUACCCGAAGAUGACGGGAAGAAGGAUGAUGAAGCGAGAAAAAAUAAGUUGACGAAAAAGGAUCGUGAUGAGAAACUAGUCGCUCAAAAGGGCGGGAAGCCUCGUGUCACAGGGGCGAAAGAGAAACCCGCCAUCUUGAAGGAUAAAAUAAUCCGCGACGUUAAGUCCACCAAAGUUGCCUUACCUAGGCCCGUGCUCACGAAGCCCGCCACCCCCACCAGCGACGCGCCCAAGUCGCCGCCCGGAGAGAAGGAGUCCAUCAAGCUCAGGCUUACGAAGACGAAGCUCGACAAGAACGAGCCUGUCGUCCAACCGGUCUACAAGGCGGACGUCAGCUUCGUCAAUCAACAGAAGGGCGAGAAGUCUGACGGUGAGCUCAGAGUGCCGCCGUUGCAUAUAAGCCUAAAGGGAAGAAAUUCUGCUGUCAUAAAGAACUCCAAAAAGGAGAAAAAGAAAUUCAGUCCGGGCGAUUUGCACACAAAGAAAGUUAAAAUCAAGAAAGCGCUAGAAGACGAAAAACCGCACAGGCGGGAGUCGGACGAGUGCAUCGCUUCGAAGUCUGGCGAUGGUGCCGAAAACAAGACUGAUGAGUAUUUAAACGCGAAAGGCAUUAAGCUUAACAACCACUACGACGGCGACGCGGUCAAAACCGAAAUAACGGGAGACAAUAACGUCGUCUACCGAAUGAAGACUAUAUCGAAGAACGCUCACAUAGUCACCAAGUCCCACGACUACAAACUCAACAACAAGGUCCAGAUGAUGGACUUGAAAGUUAAAAAGAAAUUCAAAAUACUCAGCGAGGAUAAAACAGAAAAAGACAAAGAUUGGCGGAACAACUUAUUAGAGAAAGAAGGGAAGUAUGCACAGAAUGAGGGUUACAGAGAGACUCCUAACAAUCAUGAAGUAAAAAAGAAGUUACCUAGCGGAAAGGAUGGUGUCAAAUGUGAUAGGUCCAGUGACGGGAAGACGGUGCAAUCGGACGCAGAAUGUGAGAAAGGUGCUAGUGACAAGUGUAAAGUGGAAUGGACGCUAAUCGAGGGUGAGAACAGGACUUCUGAAAGUGACAAUAAGUUAAAAAGGACACUAACCGAAAGUGCAAUUACCUCUCCUAAUGGACUCCUUACUUCUGAGAAGAAGAGGAAAACCAGUCAUAGUUCCUUAUCAGAUCCGCCGGGCUCCACCAACACGGGCACCGUCAGCGCCGGCUCCUCUCCCGGCGGCUCGUCUCCGCGGCGCAGGGAGCGGCCCAAAGACAAGUCCUACUGCAAGCUCGUCGCCGAGCGAGCUGCCGACAAACUGUCUGCGCGCUCGCCUUCCUCGCAGGCCCAGGGAGAGGAUUCGGGGAUCGAGUCCAUGGACGCGCUCUCGGAGAAGUCGCCCAACCAGGCCAGCCAGUCCCCGCCCGGACCCCAGCGCAAGGAACACCUCGACAUGCCGCGCUCCACCAGCCCCGCCUCCGUGCAGAGGAUCAUCGGCGUCAUCGAGCCCGCGCCCGCAGCGGACGACCUGCUCGUGCCGCUCUACGACCCGGGGGACAUCGAGGCCGAGCUCGCCAAGAUGCACGCGGGACGAGUUAACGGCGACCGGCCGCUGCAACAUGAACACACCAAAGAACGGGAACCGACGCCCAUCCUGAGGGAAAGAGACGAACCCUCCGCCUCCGACGAACCGCACUCGAAACCCGAACUCGACGGCGGCGGGGACACCAACACUCCCUCUUCUGUCCCCGACGACCCGGGCGGUGCCAAGAAGGAGCCAGACUUCGAUCCGCUGCCCAGUAGAAUGUCGCCGCCCCUUUAUACGUAUUCGAAUCAAGAAAAAGGUGAUCCAGAAUCUAACGUCAAGGAAGAGAAACCUGGAACCGAAAGUCGCGAGACGAGGCCCGGGGGCGAUGAGAAACGGGAGACGAAAAUCGAAAGGCUACCAUUGAAAGCUGACUUUCCCGAUAAGAGUUUGCUGGAGCAGUUGCUGAUAGAGAUUCCGACUCCGGACUAUGUCGGGAAGAGGCCCGAGUCGCCAUCUCCGUCGGCACUCGAGCGCGUGGCGAGAACCAGCGUCCGCACCCGCGCCAGCAGCAAGCUCAACAGCCCCGCCGAGCCGCGCCUCUCGCCCGUCAGAACCAAGGCGGAUCGAGCUGACUCCCCCGCCCUGCAGCCGAGGAACUGUCUGCGCGCCGUCGCCGACGACAAGAUCAGUCCGCGCAACGCCGCCCCCGCGCCCCGCCCCCCGGCCCCCGUCGCGCCCGUCGUCAAGCGGAAGCGCCGCGAGUCGGAAAGUUCCGGUGCCUCCACCCUCAGUUGCGAGGAGGGCCUCUCGCCCGCCGCUCGACCGAAAAAGAAACCGCGCCGAACUGAUUUGAAACCGGUCAAUCCAACGGGAGCGCCCCUCAAAACCAAGAAGGAUUCGGACAGCGACAGCGACGAGCCUCUAAUUUGUAAAGUGCGAGGGAAACCGACGAAGGGGGUGAGGAGCGCGGGGCGCGGGGGAGCGAAAGCUGCCGAGGGUAUCAGCACGCGGCGCUCUGUGAGGCAGGGCAUGACCGCGCCGCCCGCCCCCGCCCCGGCCCCCGCGCCCGCCGCGCUGCCCGCGUCCGCCCCCGCCGCCCCGCCCGCCGCGGCGCCGGCUCCAGCCCCCCCUGUACCCGCUCCCGUCAGAAGAAAAACGAGAAGUGCCGCGGGCGAAGGCCUGGCGGGCGCAGUGCGGCGGCGGCGCCUGUCCCGGGACGGCAAGUGACGGCGGUCGGGCGCGGAGCCCGGGCCCUCCCCGCCGCGCCUGAUGCUGUGUCCGCUGCUGGACUGACGCUGGACCGUCCGCUAACAGUACACUAUACACGCAGAUCACACAGGUAUAUAUCGACGCUUGAAAGGCAAACGUGACUAAGCGACUAUGCGUGAAAUUUACAGUAGACUAAUUUAAAGUUGAAAUACAUGAAAACAAAAUCUAU